UCUCCAAAUGGAUUAAUGUUAGAUGGAACCAGAUUUACCUGCAGAGGAAGGCAGAUUUAUCAUCUUUAUGGCACUAGCACAUUCACUGAAUAUACUGUUAGGCGUGAAACUGCAGUGGGUAAAAUUAAUGCUGCUGCUCCCAAGGAUAAAGUCUGUAUCAUAAGCUGUGAGGUGCCUACAGGCUUUGGACCUAUGUUUAACACUGCAAAGGUCACACCUGGUUCUACAUGUGCCAUCUUUGGCCUAAGAGGUGUCGGUCUUUCUGCUGUAAUCAGUUAUAAAGCAGCAGGAGCUUCCAGAAUCAUAGUUACUGACAUCAAAAGUGAGACGUUUACAAAGGCCAGAGCCCUUGGAGCCACCGACUGCCUCGAUCCUAGAGACCUAGAUAAACCCACUCAGGAGAUCAUCGUUGAAAUGACCAAUGGAGGUGUGGAUUUUGCCUUUGAGUGUGUAGGUGGAGCUAAAAUCAUGAGAGCAGCCCUUGACAGCAUAACAGUAGGUUGGGGAGUAUGUAUCAUUGGAGUAAACAUUGGUGACAACGGAUUGAGUGUUUCUGCAGUGGAGCUAAUAAUGGGCCGUACUCUAAAUGGAACAAGCUUUGGUGGUUGGAAAGGCAUCAAUUCUGUCCAAAAGCUGGCUGCUGACUACAAGAAUAAGAAAUUUGAUCUGGAUGCAUUGGUGUCCCAUACCCUUGCCUUUGACAAAGUUAAUGAGGCAUUUGACCUAAUGUACCAAGGAAAAAGCAUUAGGACAGUCCUGCUCUUUUGACAACUCCAGGAACAAUUUGGAAUACUAGCUGACUAAAUCUGAACCUGUCUGGUUAAUUCAUUACCUGAUAUGAUGAACAAUGAUAACUGUUCAAGAUGCUGCAGACUGAACCAUCAAUUCCACCCCUGGACAGAGGACACCGCCACUGGCUUGACUGCCAUUACUGCCACAGGAAAUUAAGUCUGCAGUAGAGAAGGAGUGAGGGGCUUGCUUCUUCUCCCUUCUGUGUUCCACCUCCUCCCACCACUUGCUAGCUACUGCUUCAAGUCCCCUCAAUUGUCCAGCCUGGAAAAGAGGAGAAAUUUAGAGGAAAAGACUACAUUUUAUACAACAAA